GCUCCUCGCGUGUGCUGCAUAUGCUAGCAAUGGCGUUCAACACGUCGAGAGCAGGCAAUGCCACCGGUCUGAUGCGAUCCCUAUGCUCGUUGAUGCCCAUAUCCAUCACGCUAGUCUCUUGCUCCUCUUCUCAUGCAGCUGCUGCUGCUGCCGGGACUAGCUCCAGUGGCGGCAGCAGCAGAGGCUUUGCGCUCAAGGCUCGAGGAGGGGCCAGCGAGGAGGAGGCUAGCACUCCUGUCUGUAGCCCUAGAGACAGUGGGACCAACAAGCACUCCUUCAGGUCGAUGGGACACCCGGCUGUUCCGGAUGCGCUACGUCUCAAGCAGGUGGUGGUGAUUUGUCGGCAUGGUGACAGGGCUCCCGUGUCGAGCAGCCUGGGGAAAAUUUUGGACGACGGCCCUGACUCGGUGAAGCUCUGGAAUUCCAAGCUCCCCCCCCAAGAAGAGCUUGACCGAUGGAACGAGGCUUUUCCUCCUCGGGUACUAGGGGACAGCCUGGGACAGACCAUCGAGGAGAUUGCUAGCGCGGAGGGCCCGUGGGGCCAGCUGACGUCGAGGGGCGCGGAAGAACUUCGACUGGUCGGGGAGGGGCUCCGCGGAGUGCUGGAGGCGGGUGGGGAUGAGGGGGUGGGUGGGGAGGGAUCACUAUUCCCCGCUGGGCUUGAGGCGGAGAAAUCGGCAAUCUUUGUGAGGUGCACCAGGCUCAAGCGCACCCAUCAAUCCGCGCAGAACAUGCUUGAGGGCCUCGGUUUGAGGGACGGCGUCGACCUCUACGUACGGCCUCCCGAGAGGGAAACCCUCUGGCCCAGCAAGCGCAACCGUCGGAAGCAGGACCGCCUCAUCGCGAGAGCAAUCGCGGAAAGCACGUUCCCCGGCCAGGCCGAGCUCAAAACCAAGACCGCCGAGAUGGUUGGCGUGCCUGAGGACGAUGUGAAGUGGACGACGGUGCGGGAGGUGUUGUCUUGCUACGAGGCACAUGGGGUGGCUCUUCCGGCCGGGGCCAUAAGCUCGGGCCUUGUCGAGGGAGUGGUGGACUACACCGGAUGGAUGUGGGGCAGAUGGUUCGAGCAGCGCGAGAUGACUCGCCUGAGCCUGGGUCCGUUUUUGGCAGAGCUACUGACCCUAGUGGGAGCAAGGGGACACGAGACCGGCGUCCCCGAAGCGGGCAUGCCUUCCACGCCCAAGCUCGCCAUCUUUUCCGGCCACGACUCUACGCUGGUGCCGAUACUGACCGCUCUCAAGAUCUACGAUGACGUGUGGCCGCCGUAUGCAAGUUACAUAACCCUGGACGUCGCGGAAGAGGAGCAGGGGGGCGGGCGUCUUGUCCGGGUGGUGUUCAACGGCAGGGAGGCGGUGUUGCCCGGGGCCAAGGGGCCGUGGGUGCCUCUGCUAGAGCUCCAAGAAAGGCGAGCUGGUAGAUGUCAUGCCCACUGCAGGGGAUGCCAUAGACAGCGACUUGGAUGACGCUGCCACUGGGUCUUCGGAGAUCUCGGCGGCUGUCAGCGGUAGCGGGAAGACCAAAUGAACGGGUUGUCCGGCAUUCCAUUAACUACACCAUACCCGUGACGGGGGCGUCAGUUUUUACCCACUUCAAUGGUACGGCAUGGGAUGGGAUGGAGAUGGUAACUUAAAGCCAACCCGUUUUAAUAUGGAACAGACCAAAAUCGUCGAGAGCUGUGCGUCACGCAGCACUUCUUAGACCGAAAAUAUUCGGAGUUUUGUAAGGGGCGAUGGUCAACAGCACGGAUCGUGGCGUGUGCGUACGCGCGCGGUGUGUGUGUGUGUGUGUGCUUUGUGCGUUUGCAAACUCAAAUACUUGAGUUUGGUCAAGAGAGCUUGGGGUUUUGCUGGAAAAUCCGCGAGAGAGGCCGGGUUGGUAGGGUUCAGUUAGUAGGGAUACAAAUAUAACGCGAUUUUGACGCCUCUGGUGCUUUGAGCGAGACGGAGCGUGCCUGUUUGUACCUAUUGUGUGCAGCGAGGGAGAGAGUGUUCAUUAGGCUGAACUCGUUUUCCGUAUGUAAUUCGGAGUAUGUACAAGUCUUCGGUGCGAACAGGGUGUACCGUUCUAACGGGAAAAGUUGAACUCGGUCGCGGAAGGGUGAGUGGGGGCACCGAAAAAUGGGCAGGGUGGAAUUUGGAUGGAUUAAUGUUUGAUGGAAGGCACAUGUGCAGGGUGCUCCGCAGGCUCAAUGAAGUACCUGCUGCUCUAGGUAAGCACAAAGGUUGUGUGGGAGUUGGUGAAAGAAGUUUUGCUGUGUUCUUUCUUUGUGUGAUAGCAAGGUGAUAAGUCGAUUAUGGUUAAUGAUGCAGGAAGGAAUGAAAGAAUCAAACUUGA